CCUUAUGGUGCCCGCCCAGCUCCAUACUGUCCCCCCAUUUCCUCUCAAUACGCAGCCCUGACCUCUUGUAAAGGGGUCUAACCUCGCCCAGAACACUGGUGACGUCAUAAUCGCGACGCCACUGUCUGUCGCAUAGCAAUGGUGUCAGAGCCGCCGUGAGCCCAACAUUGCUGCAUUGUGCUGGAGACCGUGGUGACGGGGCCCGGGGACUUCAGUUUCCGUUGUUGUGGAGAUCGCUCACUAUGUAAGUAUUUGAUAAAUGUGCUGCUCGUGUUCUUUAAAUUGAUUUAAACAUUUCUCUAUAUAUUAUUUUAACGUUAUGGGUGGAAAUACAGACAUAAUAAAUCUACUGCAAUUAUUAACCCCUUCAGGACGGAGUCAAUAGUGCACAUUCUGAUCAAAACAAAACGUAAACAAAAACUGGAAUUUGUGCCAUAUGUCUGUUCAACAGUAAUUCACCGCUGUCACAGUAAGUGCACCCACACUUAUUAUAUAUCAUUUUGUUCAGGAGAAACAGGGCUUUAAUUUAUCAUUAACUAUUCAUAUAUGGAACAUCAUUUAUUAUGAUUAAAAUUUAAAAAAAUGUGAGAAAAUAAGAUUUAAUUUUUUUAAAAUUUGUAUUUCUGUCUGACAUUUUAGCUGUGAAUGUCAUAAUACUGUUAGGUUUUACUUCAAAAAAAUGCACAUAUUUGUAUUCAGAAAUGUCUCACGAGUAUAGCAGUACCCCCCAUUAACAGGUUUUAUGGUGUUUUGGAAAGUUACAGGGUCGAAUAUAGAACGUUCCAUUUUCAAAUUGAAAUUUGCCAGAUUAGUAAUGUUACCUUUGAGACGGUGUGGUAGCCCAGGAAUGAGAAUUACCCCCAUAAUGGCAUACCAUUUGAAAACGUAGACAACCCAAGGUAUUGAAAGUGAGGUAUGUUUUGUCUUUUUUAGUAGCCACUUAGUCACAAACACUGAAUUAAGGGGAGAUUAAUUAAUAUAAGGUUUGUUUUUAAUUAAAAAAAUAUAAUUUUCAUAUCCCCCCUCCCUUCUUACCUUUGCCUGGGAGGAGGGACAGAGCACUGCAAUCUUGAGGCUAGAGUUCACUUUCGUGAGAUUCGGAGUGUUGCCGUGGUAACCGUGGCAACACGCCAAGCUCGCGAGAGGAGAAUCCGGUGGAGCUGCAGGUCAAAACUCCCCCCGGGUCCUCUCUCCUUCCCCUUCCAGCUGCAGCAUUACAGUGCUAGCAGGCCGGAGAGGGAGAUCUCUGAUCUCCCCUCCGGUCCUGCAGAGCCGGCAGGGGAGAGCAAGGCACAGCAUGAUUUUCUCGCUGCUAUGAACAUAUGAACACAGUUUGGGAACCACUGUGUUACAGCAUUUGAGACAUUUUGGUUCAUGCUGAAUCUGGCAACAAUUUUUAACAUUACUAAUGGUACAUAUUUUUUAUUUUAUUAUGCUGCCCAAACUUGGACAAAAUUAAUAUUGACAAUGUAGAAGUAUAUCUUCCACAAUAGCCGCAUGCCAGUUGAUGGGCUUUUCAAGUGCAUCCAGUAAUGUUGGGUUUGUGUCAAAUCACUUAACACAAAGCUGCAGAAGGGCACUGGGGCAUGCUGGCAUCAGACCACUACAGUGUGUUGUACUGGGUAUGGUGCUUAGACUUCUCUUUUAAAGCCAUUCUAAGCACCAUCACCACUACAUGUUCUUUUUAGUGGAUAUGCUGUUAGUAGACUCAUUUUUGGUUCCAAUUGUUUUGCUCUUUGUAGGCUAAUGAGAAAGACCCUUGUCUGUAUUGGCUAUAUCAGUAUCAUCUGGCAUUGAUAGGCUGAGUAUGGCAGCAUAUAUAUAUUUUCGUCCACACAAUUUACAUUAUAUGUGAAUUUAGUAAUCUGUUGUAGAUUCAUGCAAAGAAACAACAACACUGUGGGUUCAUGUACAACCAUAAACUACAGCAAUAACACCAACUUGUGGUUUGCCAUUUUUUGGGUGUGAGUGUGGAUUUAUAGGGUCAAAUAUAUGACUUGCAAUUAUGACAGACUUGUUUCCUGGGCCUAUGUCACCUUGUUAAAAGCACACUCCAAACCCCUAAAGCACUUCAGCUUGCCGAAAUGCUUUGUGGGCUAACUGCACAUCACCCUUGUCCCAACUCAUAAGAGUGAUGAUUUCAGCAGAAAUUAUUUUGACAACAUGUGAACACCCCCAUUUGAGUGAAAGAGAAUAGUUUUCCAAUAGCAUUUUUUGGAGUGAUUACCCAAUUUUACGUAUAUGCUAAUUUUUGCUAGAAAGGAAGUGGGACUAUCAUCACAGUCUCCCAGCUCUGGGCAGAAGUGUGGCGAGCGGGGACUCAUUGCCGAAUGAAACCAUGACGUUUAAUGUUUAAAAGAGCUCUCCAAACAUUAAAACCAAAUAUCGUUUUUAAUGUUGAGUUGGAGUUUAAGUGACACAGUCUGUCUCAAACUUUGGCAGUGUCAGUGACAUCAUGGUUCUUGCCUGUGCAGAAAAAAAAAAAUCAAACAUUUUAUAUUUAUUUUAUCACUACUAAACCUAGAAAUCUACUUCACAAUUUCCAAUUAAAUGCAAAUCUGUUUUGAUUACCUUAAUUCUUAAAGGAUUACUCCAAGAAUUAUAACCACUACACUGUAGUGGUUAUGAUACCAAGAGUUCUCCUGUAAUGAGUCAAUUUGAUUAUCAGCUGUUUGCCCCCAUCCCCCCACCUGGGUCAGCUGAUCACUUUCAGCCAAUGCAUGCACUUUUGUGCAACAAAAGUUCUGAGCUGGCUGAUGACAUGACAUUAAGGUGGAGUUACACAUAGAGGCUACUAAAGGGUUAAUCUCUGUAUGUGAAUUGUUUGAAAGCUGGAAAUACAGACUACAAGCACCGUUUCCAUUUUAAUUACCAACAUGGGGGCUUGGAGUAACCCUUUAAACCUUAAUACUGCUUCUUACACUAGCACUAACCAUACUCUCUGAAUCUAGGCAAUAAGUAAUUGCUGUGUAACCUAAUCACAGAAACAGACUUCCCAGGAUUUUAAAUAUUACGUUUAUGUAUUUGUGAGAUGUUAAAAAAUAAAAUUCAAUUUAGAAAUCCACACCUCUCUAGCUUGCAAAUGGUUGUCUUAGCUCCCUGUCUGUCAUUGUUGUAAUCCUUUGCACCUUGCGGUCAAAAGAAAGAAGAGGAGAAUUGAAAAUAAAUGUGUUUAUUUCUCUUUUCUACAUUGCUUGCCCUGCCUUGCCUGUCUUAACAAGAUUAUGAUGUAAUUUUUUAUAUUAAUUUAAAAGAAAAUUGAACAUCUAAAAAAAUGACAAGUUCCUUUUUUAGGAAUUAAAUGUUAAUAUACAUAAUAUUUCUUUAGUCUGUAUCUUGACUUACUGAGAAUCAUUGUUCUAAGAGGUGUCCUUUACACCUGGAAGCCAGUAUAUAGAGAACAUUUAAACUUAUUUCUGUUUCUCCUCCUUAUUUGCAAUGUGUGUCGUGAACUAAAUUGGAUUGUGAUGUGAUGUAAUUUGCUAAAUCUUUGUGUUUUUCAAUGUUUUAAUUAUUAGUGUAAAUUGGGGAGAAGCAAGAGAUCCCUUUCAAUUUAUUUUGAGAUAAGUGAAUAUUGAUAAAAUUGUAUGUUAUUUAUUAUUUUUUUAUUUUAUUGACUAGUACCCAUAAUACCCCAACUUUCAUCUUAAUCUUCCAGUUUUCCAUGAUGAAGACCCUUCCUGGUGUUGGCGUCUUUGGUACUGGGAGCACAGCAAGGGUACUAGUUCCAUUGCUUCGAGCUGAGGGGUUUUGCAUAGAGGCACUUUGGGGCAAAACAGAUGAAGAAGCCAAAAGUCUGGCAGAAGAAAUGAAUAUUUCAUUUUACACAAGCCGCACCGAUGAUGUCUUACUGCAUCCUGACGUGGACCUUGUGUGUAUCAGCAUUCCACCACCUCUAACACGACAGAUUGCGGUAAAGGCACUAGGUAAGAUAUGGCUCUGUUGAAUCCAUAAGAGUGAUUAGAGAUGUGUGCAUAAUAGGAGUUUACUGUGCUCCAUCUGCACAUUUCUCACGCAGUGAUAGUUCCUUUUCUUCCCUCGUUCUGUUCUGUUAAGUACUCUCUCUAUUUCUUUUUGAUAUUUACUUCUACUAGGGGUUAUCCCCCUGCCUAGAGUGUACCUUGGCUGUACUCUAAUUAAUCUUUUCGGUGUCCAAAAUUGCACCGUCUCACCAAACUCCUAAAUAGGCAAGAUUAUAUUUUUGCCCUGAGAAUUAGUCCUGGCUAGUAGUUAACACAUGACAUUUUGAGUCCUGGUGUACACAGAGAAGAGUGAUUCAUGAGGAAUACAUGUUCGCUAAUAGUAUGGUCUGUCAUUAUGUGCUGCAACAGUUGUAAAGCACUGCACUAAAUGUAAAAUCUUCUGUUUUACUUAAAUCUGUUUUGUUAAAAAAACAAACAAAAAAUACACACUUGGCUAGUAUUUCAAAUGUUACUGUAUACACAGUUUGUUUCUAUUUCUAAUUAUAAUUGUAUUUUUGUUUACUCUUUCUGGUAGGAAUUGGGAAAAAUGUAAUAUGCGAGAAAGCUGCUACAUGCCUGGAUGCUUUUCUGAUGGUUAAAGCUGCAUGUUAUUACCCCAAGCUUAUGAGCCUAGUGGGGAAUGCUCUGCGUUUUCUUCCAGCCUUUGCACGAAUGCGUCAACUAAUCCUGGAGCAAGGUUAUGUGGGAGAGGUCCAGAUUUGUGAUGUGCGUGUGUACUGGGGUAGCUUGCUGAGCAGCCAGUACAGCUGGAUCUGUGAUGAGCUUAUGGGUGGAGGUGGACUGCACACAAUGGGUACCUAUAUUGUUGAUCUACUCACUUAUCUGACAGGGAAAAGGGCAGACAAGGUCCACGGUCUACUUAAAACUUUUGUGAAACAAAAUGAAGCUAUUACCGGCAUUCGCCAUGUCACCAGUGAUGAUUUUUGCUUUUUUCAGAUGCAAAUGUCUGGAGACGCUUGCAGUACAGUGACUCUUAAUUUCAAUAUGCCAGGACCUUUUGUUCAUGAAGUGAUGAUUGUGGGCUCAGCAGGCAGAUUGAUAGUACGAGGAACAGAAUUAUAUGGACAGAAGAACAGCACACCUGAAGAAGAGCUCCUUCUCUCAGAUACUUUGACCAUGGACACAACUGGGCUUAAUGGUUUUGAAAAAGUUCCCCCUCCCUAUCUUAAAGGGUUGGCACACAUGGUAAGGGCUCUUCGACUCUCUUUCCAAGAUCAGGAUGAUAGAAGAACCUGGAACAAUAAGCCAUUGGCAGCUGCUGCCACCUUUGAAGAUGGUUUAUAUAUGCAGAGUGUAGUUGAUGCUAUCAAGCUGUCAAAUCGAUCAGGGGAAUGGGAAACGGUGGAGUUGAUGUGCGAAGAACCUGAUUCCAAUCAAAACCUGUGUGAUGCUCUUCAAAGAAACAGUCUUUGAAGUGUCUGUAUUAUUUUAGAACUACCUAAGUAAGCUAAAGAUGAAAGCUAUUGGUAUAUAAAUGGAACUCAAAAAUAGGUGCUUUUCUGCGGGAAAAUGAUUUUCAAUUCACUUCAAAAAAGACGUGAACUUUUAAAGAGCUCCCUAUGAUUCUUCAACACUAGUUUGUUAUGACUCUGAAUGUGACUGUGAAAUGAUCACUACAUUAAUAGUUGUUUUUUUCCCCCUCACUUUCAAAAGUUUCAGACUUUUCACCUCUUCUCUAAAUGAUAUGCUUGGGGGGAGGGGGUUACAGUGUAUAUUACAAACUGAAUAAGCAAAUCACUUCCUCUAAUUCUUAACUGAUAACUGACGCCAUUUCAUUAUUUGUCUAAAUACUUUUUAAAGGUAAGGAAAUAACAUAAAGAAGUGUGCAAAAUAACAGGCAACUUUUUUUUUCUUUUUCAUUUUCUAUUUUUAUACUUUAUGGAACUGACUUUUUUAAUGAAAUGUAUAACACGUGGAUUGUUUAUUUAUAAACUUUUAUUAUAAAGAAUACUAUAUGUUGGUAGAAGAAUGUUGCAUAUUAAUAAAUGUUUUUUUGUGCAUUGAACUGUGAGCUACAAAUUAAAAAAACAGGAUAUAGAUAUAAUAUAAAUCUAAAAUUUUACUUCAAUAUCACAACUUUUUGUAUAUUAAUUCAAAUCUAAAUUACUCGAAUGAACUAACCUCAGU